CGUGCCCCUCGUUCCUUCAAUUGAGUCCAUUAAUCUGUUUACGAUCUGAACGUGUGUAGUCGUGAUAUUCGCGUCCGUCAUUAAUAAGAUGUGAUCAUAACAGUUUUAAUAGAUGAAAUUGUUAUUCAAAUCGGCGCGCCUACCUCGCCACCAGUGCGAGACAGUGACAGUUGUGUGAAUGGGAGUGGCUUAAUCGUCCAGGAGACGAAUGACAGUUGUUCACCACAGCAAACGUGAUGUUGCUCAUCUAGUCCAAACAGUGAUCUGGUUUUGAGAGAGUGGCGCGAGUGAAUUCAGCCCGAUUUAUUCAGUUUUUGUGGUGUUUUGUGACUUGGUGUUUAGUUUGGUGUUGUGCCGGAAGUGGUGUUCGUGCCCCGGAUCAAUGUCGGCGAAGAGGUCUUCGGCUCCAAUGGCCCACUGAGAUCGACGCGUGAAAAAUGUUGCAGGACCUCACAUAGCGGUCUGCCCGAUCGGAGGGGCUGCAACUGUUUAAAAAACAAAACGAAUGCAAAUAAUGCCUUCGGUGUUGGAAGAAGUGGCCGUCGAACAAUCGAACGCUUACACACCGUUUGUGGAUGCCAGCGGUAUAACGGUGGUGCCACCAAGCCCUUCUUCCAAACCUCUGAAGAGCAUCGGCGACGUGCAGUCUCUUCUUCAGCAAGGACGAAAGCAAGAUGUCAAGCAUUUGCUCAGAAACAACGCGUGGCCCGUUGACAGCCCCAUACGGGGACAGUUGUGGUCCCUUCUGUGCAUCCAACAUCAGAAUAAAUCAAAUAGCAUGUCGGACGGUUUCUACUGGGAUAUGGUCAAUCAAGUCUUUGGCAGCACAGAAUUGCCAGAUAAGCCCAUCAGCUUGCCACCGUUUGUCGAACCAUCGCAUUGCCAACUUUACUAUCUGACUCAUAGGGGAAGGAGUGUCGCUGAUAGGGUGGUCUCAGUGCUGGGCUAUGCCUGCCCAGAUAUCGUCUACAGCCCCACUAUCUACCCCAUAUGCGCGCUUUUGCUCCACUACAUGUCAGAAGAACAAUGCUACCAUUGCAUGGCCAGUCUGGUGGCCUCCAAGGAAAAAACCUUCAUCACACAGACGAAACUCCUGUAUGAAGUCACAUGGAAGACGGUGAUGCAGAUUUGCAAGAAGCAUGUGAAAGGGGCCGCUGUGCACCUCCAAAGACACUGCAAUAGUUCGCGAGCCGAACGCAUCUACAUGGACUGGAUCUGGUGGAUAUUUCAGGGACUCCCCUUCCAGCAUUUGGUCAGAGUGAUGGACUGUUUUUUUCACGAGGGUAUUAAAGUGCUGUAUAGGACGGCGAUGGCGAUUUUGAUCCUUUUUCACAAAUCGUCAUCAUCGCCUUCCUCCGAAUGGCUAAUGGAGAUCCAGAAGAACGGUAUCGACUCAGCCUUGAACAAAUUCUGCAAAGAAAUGCCCGUGACGCCGCAGAAGGUGUUAAAGGUUGCGUUCGGUAUCCGAGGCUUGAGUUCGGCUUACAUUUCGCGGGUCUUCAUCCGGACCGAGAUGGUUCUCAAAAGCAAAAAUGUGAUAAACGGGUCACGACAAUUGGUACGGUCGCGAUCAAGCGAAAAUCUUCCAAACAGCCAGAGCCAGAACAACAUCCAGAUGGUGUCGCAUACGCUCACCAUCAGAGAGAGAAUGUCCGAAGAGAUGUACAAUGAAAUGGGAGCACACUCGCCAGGUCCUCGAACCCUCUCCAUGGGUAUCUACCCCAUACAGAAUAUCAACUCACGCAUUCUCGACCACCAGGAUCUUUCUAUGGAUGGGAAAAAGAAGAGAAAGGGAAAGACGUUGCUCUUAACACUAUGGUCCUGGUUACCAGUGAGGAUAACAAUGUACCAGCCGAUAUUGCUAUACACGACAGAAGAGCACGGAUGUUCGUUGACAACGUUCUACGUCCGUGUCGAGCACCACGAACCGACGCUGCUCAUGAUCAAAACGUGCAACAACGAGGUUUUCGGUGCCUAUUGUUCGUCCAGAUGGGGCGAAAGGAACCAAAAGGACGACCGAGGCAACCGUCAAGCGUAUUUCGGUACGGGCGAGACGUUUUUGUUCUCGCUGUACCCAGAAAGGGCCAAGUACCAAUGGGUUGGUAUUGAAGGUGAUAAGGUGGGACAUGGGGCCGAAUUGUUCAUGGCUGCCGAUUCGAAAAUGAUCACGAUAGGAGGAGGGGAGGGUCAGGCGAUUUGGAUGGACGAAAACAUCCGCUUUGGGAAGACCGACCGGUGCCAAACUUUCAACAACCCUCCUCUCUGUCCGAGUGGAGAUUUCGAAAUACGCGUACUGGAAGUGUACGGUUUUGCGACCGAUCAGAUGAGUUGAAACGACGAUAAUCGAUCAUCGAACAAAGCGCAGUAUUUUAAUGUUUUUGUUUGGAAGAAAACGAACAUCUCAAUUUUUGUUUUGUUACAUGUUUUUGUUAUUGUAUAUUUUUAAGACGAUGUACCUGGUUGGAGAACUAUCACGUGCAUUCCAUCGAGAAGAAGAAAAACAAUGGAAGGAUAAGAAAGGCGGCGCCGGCCCGAUAACGUAUGAAUGACAAAAUUCUAGUUUCUAGUCGUUUGUUAAGUGUUAGAAGUUUUAGUUGAGAAGAGUAGAUUUUACAGUAUAUACUUGGUACAAUAGACACUUUAUUUGCCGUAUUUUAAGCAUAACUGUAUAUAUGUUCUUUAUGUAUAUAAUGUAAAGGUAGCAAAGUACCAAAGGUAACAAUCUCUAUCAUUCUUUUUUAAUUAUUAUUAUUAGAGAGAUGUUUUUAAUAUUUAUUAAUACGUAAUGUGCCGAUUACGAGAUAUUUGUUCGUCUAAUAAUGACAGUUGACCAAGUCGACUUUGAUAUUAUUCAUUUUUGACAUUUCCAUCGAUCGCAUGGUGCUCUUGAUAAAGUCAAAAAUUGUUAAUUCGUUGUGUUUCUGUUAAGUAAUAAUUUAUUAACUCGAUGUGCUCACAUCCCGAAUCAUAUCAUUAGAGUCGAGAUUGUUGGUGGUUGGAUUAGGUUUAGAGAGCGUUGAAAUUUUGUACCGCUGCAUUGGUCACAUCACGUCGCUUUCCCGCAUAAUUAUUUGGACGCAACUUUAGUCAAUUUCUAAGCAACGAUGUAUUUUAAUUUACUGAAUGUUUAUCUCAUGUGUUGUAUUUUAGGAAAAAAGUUCCUUUCGUGUCGUAGACCGUGUCGCAAUGUAUAAGAAAAUAAAAACAAACAAAUGCAUGUCCGUUAUUUUCGGUGUUCUCACUGUGUAACUGAUGCUUUUCGUGUGUUGUUUUGUUUCAAUCAAAGUUUUGUUGGUAAUAGUGCCGCAUAAGCAAUAACUGAUGUGAUACUAUUUUUAAUCAAGGUUUUUAGGUAUUACGGUCCUGUGCGCGUGUUGACACAACCAAUUCGAGCCGUUCGGCCAAUUCAUUUCUCACGUACCAUAAUACGUAAACAUCUUGGUCGACCAUUGUGUUAACAAUUUAUGUAUAUAUUAAUAUUAUUUCUCCUGACUGUUUUACUGUAGUUACCAGUCUUAUUCUCUGUACUGAGGUAUCUAUUAUUGUAUUAUGCGUAAUGAGUUGUUAGUCCCAAAAUAUACUGAUAUUACUUCA